AUGGCGGACCUCAGCGGGCUUCCUGACGAGCUUCAGCUCACGACUGCCACUCACGUCAAGUAUAUCCAGAGCUUGGACAGCAAGAAGGAUGAAUACGAGUACUGGUUGACGGAACAUUUGCGCAUGAAUGGUCUUUACUGGGGCCUCACAGCUCUUCAUCUCCUGCGCCAUCCCGAUGCGCUCCCCCGAGACGCAACGAUCGACUUCGUACUGUCUUGCCAGCAUGAUAACGGCGGCUUCGGAGCUGCGCCCAGUCAUGAUGCACAUAUGCUGUCGACCGUCUCUGCCGUCCAGAUUCUUGCAUUAGUAGAUGGUCUUGACGAGCUUGACAAGCGUGGCAAGGGCAGGGCUACCACGGGAAAAUUCAUGGCAGAUCUUCAGAAUAAAGAGACGGGAACAUUUGCGGGCGAUGAAUGGGGCGAGGAAGACACACGUUUCCUCUACGGUGCCCUGAACGCUUUAUCCCUUCUGGGUCUCAAACACCUCGUAGACAUCGACAAGGCUGUCAACCACAUCAUAGCAUGUUCCAACUUCGAUGGUGGUUACGGCUUGACACCCGGUGCCGAGUCGCACUCCGGUCAGAUAUUCACCUGCCUCGCAGCGCUGACUAUCGCCGGCCGCUUAGAUACAGUAGAAGUUGACAAACUCGGUAGGUGGCUAAGUGAACGGCAAAAGCCGAAUGGUGGUUUGAACGGUCGCCCGGAGAAAGACGAAGAUGUAUGUUACAGCUGGUGGGUACUUAGCAGUCUGGCAAUGAUCGGGAAGACACAUUGGAUCGACCGGGAUGCACUCAUCAAGUUCAUUCUGCGAUGCCAGGACACCGAGCUAGGUGGUUUUUCUGACAGACCUGGUAAUAUGGUCGAUGUAUGGCACACACUUUUCGGCUUGACCGGCUUGAGCCUACUUGGAUAUCCAGGGCUAGAUACCGUCGACCCGGUAUAUUGCUUACCCAAGUCGACAGUGGAGCGUGUACUUGGACCGCAGGAGUAA